AGACGUAAGGAGAGACACGCCCAAAUGUUCGUUUCCACAACGCCCCAAGAAAAAGAAAGCAAAAAAAAUAAAAUAAUAAAAAACAAAAACAAAAAAAUUAAAAACAAAAACAAAAAUCGUAAAACCAGCUGCGUUCAAUUGAAGCCCCCGGAAACAUUUUUUUCUCAGACAGCUCUCUGUUUUCCCCAUUUUUGCCUCAAAAACUGUUGGCUCAGCAAGGACGGUGCAUAACCAUGGUUCUUGAUAGCAUUUUAUCUUCUCCUGUUCGGAGGUCGACAUCAUUCAGAAAGCAAUUCUCUCAAAAUGAAUUGAGCUGGUCAGUCCUCCUCCAAAGGCAUCGCUUCCUCUUAACAACCCUUGCAAUUCUGACUUUCCUCUGCACCAUUUAUCUCUACUUUGCUGUCACCCUAGGAGGCACUACAUCAUGUUCUGGGUUAACUGGAGCUCAAAAGGCAUUGUGUCGUCUGGAGCAGGCAAAGACUUCAGUGACCAGAGGAAAGCUGAAAAUUCUUUAGCAUUCAGAUCACAAUGUUCUAUCCAAUUUUUUCUUUUUCUUUUUUUUUUUUUAAUGGUUUUUUGUUUUUGUUUUUGUUUUUUUCCUUUGUUUCUUCUUGUUUGUUCCUUUUUAAUCUAUGGGGGGUUGAAAUUGAUUAGAAAGAAAGGACACCUAAAGUAUACUAGGUUCUUUGCUGCCUGCUUUUACAUUUUAUUUUUUGGUCAUUUUGUAAUUGUUAAUGGGGGUUCUAUUGAUGUUGCUGGACUUACAUUGUUGAAACACAUAUAUCAUAUUUUGUAGCAUGUAAACUAUUGUAAUGACUUUAAAAAUAUUUAUUUUCCUUAUGAGCAAAAACUAAUAAUAAUAAUAAUAAUAAUAUUUUUGGAUCUUA